AUGGCCUUUGCCGCGCCUGCAUUGGGUGCUGAAGACAACAGCCUGCGAGAAGCCCUGCGCAAGCAGGUUUUCGCCGACAGCGUUGAGGCUCUGCGCCAGGCAAACGCGGUCAAUGCUGCGGUUCUGACGCCGGAGACCUAUCGGAAAGCCAGCCGGGCGUACAUUCGCGCUGAAGAGGCGUUUGAGAGCGGCGCCGACGUCGAUCGCGUAUCCAGCAUUCUUGAGGAAGCCAACAAAGAGUUUCUUCAGGCCGCCACCAUGGCACCUACCGUCGAAAAUUUUGUCAGCGCCGCCUUCCAGGCUCGUAGCGACGCAUUAGCAGCUGACGCAAAAAAACGCGCCCCGAAGUUAUGGGAAGAAGCGGAAGUGCAGCUCUACGAGGCGGCUUCCCGGGCCGAAAAAGGACGCGAGUCAAGAGUCGGGCAAUAUGCCGACAAAGCUGAAACGCUCUAUCGUGAUGCUGAACUGGAGGCCAUCGAAACCGUCCUGUUUACUGAAAUCGAGGCUGAGAUUGCCAAAGCCAAAAAGCUCGAUGCCGACGAUUGGGCGGAAACGUCUUAUCAGAAGGCCAUAGAUCUGCUCGCGCUGGCCCGCAGUACGUUGGCGGGAAAUCGCUACGAUACCGAUCAGCCACGCAACCUGGCCAAGCAGGCCAUGCACAACGCACUGUACGCACAGUACGUCUCGCGCCUGGCUGACGACAUAGAUGACAAUGACACAACGUUAGAAGCGAUUCUUCUCGAAUGGCAGGAUGUCUUACAACCCCUGGGAGACACCGUUGACGUACCGAUGUACUUCGACAACGGUCCGGCGGCCACCAUUGAAUUGAUUGUCGCUGCGAUAGAGGAGCGUAACAAUCGUGCGACCUUGUUAGCUCAGGAUCUUGGUUCUGCAAGACAAAGCAUUCGCCUGCUGGAAGAUGAACUGGCCAGCACCCAGGCCGAACUGGAAAACCGCGAAGAAGCCAAGGCACGGCUGGACCGCAGGAUUGCGUUACAGGCGCAGCAGGAGCAGACCGUGGCGCGGGUUGAAGGUUUAUUCACUAAAGCAGAUGCAGAGGUUGUACGCGCGGAGAAUCGUCUGAUCAUCCGUCUGGUUGGGCUCAACUUCACCUUCGGCAGCGCAGAACUUGAACCGCAGCACGAGGCGAUUCUGGCCAAGCUCAUUAACGCCAUCAGCGAGUUUCCUGAAACGCCCAUCACCAUCGAAGGACAUACCGAUUCAUAUGGCGCUGAUGCUGGAAACAUGACGUUAUCGGUGAAACGAGCGGAAUCCGUGGCCGCCUAUCUUCUUGAACGGGUGGCCAUCUCACCCAAUCAGCUUUCCUCGGUAGGCUACGGUGAAACCAAGCCUAUAGCCAACAAUGAGACACCGGACGGCCUGGUACAGCAGGCAGACGUCAGCAAAAUCACCGCCCAUGCCAGUCAGGCAGCGGCGGAUGGCUUCAGCAGUUACUGGCUGGCAGAGCAUCCUACCGGAGGGCUGGAUGCACUGACGGUACUGGCGAUUGUUGGCCAGCAUGUGAAAUCCAUAGAACUGGGCACAGCGGUUGUGCCCACGUUCCCACGCCACCCGCUGACAUUGGCUAAUCAGACCCUCACCACUGCAGAUGUUGUCAGCCAUCGACUGACCCUGGGCAUUGGCCUGUCCCACGCUUCGAUGAUGGCUGACCUGGGUAUCAGCUUCGAAAAACCCAUCCGCCAUCUACGGGAAUAUCUGAGCAUUCUCAUGCCCCUGCUACGCGAAGGCACAGUAGACUUCGAAGGCGAGGUAUUGAGUUGUCAGGCCACUGUGUUUAAGUCCCCUGUUGAGAAAACCCCUGUUGUUGUUGCAGCCCUGGGACCGCAGGCGCUGGGCGUUGCCGGGCGUCUCGCAGAUGGCACGACGCUGGCCUGGGUUGGACCGAAAACUGUCAAAGAACAUAUCAAGCCGCGCAUUGAAGACGCUGCCGGGCAAGCCAACCGGCCCAGCCCCAGAAUCAUUGCAACGCUACCCGUGUGUGUGACCGAAAACGAGGCAGCGGUGCGCGAGGUCAUUGGCAAAAACCUGACGAUGUACAGCAAGCUUCCGUCUUAUCAGGCGAUGUUUGCGCGAGAGGGGGUUGCCGGACCUGCCGAGCUUGCCAUUGUCGGCAGCAAAUCAGCGGUAGCAGAUGGCAUCGCAGCGAUGGCUGAAGCCGGUGUCACAGACUUUGCAGCCUCAGAAUUCUGCUUAUCACGUGAUGAGUACGAACAGACCCGAGAUACGUUAAUCAACCUUUUAUAA